UCGGGCUUGUGUUUACAGCUCUGCUGGAUGCUGCUGGCUGUUGAUGGUACUGGGGAAGUGCAAUGUAGUGCCAACCGCCAUUGGAAUAAAAAACACCCGUGGGGAUACAGGUGAUUUUGCUCAUCAUCUCCCACCACUUCCUCCUCCCGUCUUCCAUUCAUGAGCAGCGUGGCUGAGUUUAACAGCGGCAGCCAUGGAUGACAAGGGCUCGGUGGGGAAGAUUAGCGUGUCUUCAGACUCAGUGUCCACUCUCAACAGUGAGGACUUUGUCCUUGUCUCCCGGCUGGGGGACGAGACACCCUCCUCCACUAAUAAUGGUAGUGAUGACGAAAAGACAGGACUGAAGGUGAUUUCUGAGGAAGGGGUCAGCUUUAAGAUUGUGGGGAAUGGCAGCGAGCAGCAGCUCCAGAGGGAGUUAGAAGAUGUCCUCAUGGACCCGUCGGUAGCCGAGACCGGGCUCGCGUCGGGACCAGGGAUGGACGCUCUGGGUGGGAGCGAUCACGGCGCCCCCAUCACGGCAUCGCCCGUGCCGCCCGGCUCCGACCCGCUGAGUGCGCCGUCGCCCAAGCUGGAGAUGGUGCUUCCUGUUCAGACAGCCCAGGAGAGCGAGCUCAACGAGAGGUCAUACAGAGCAGCAGACGAAUCCUCGUCCGAUGGAAGUCCUAGCAGUCCCAUUCCGGACGAGGACAGCGUCGUGUUCAGCCAGCUGACUUAUCUUGGGUGUGCCUCGGUGAAUGCCCCCCGGAGCGAGGUGGAGGCCCUCCGCAUGAUGAGUAUUCUCAGAGGGCAGUGCCAAGUCCCGCUGGACGUCACGCUGUCUGUGCCAGGCGUGUCUGAAGGCACCGUCAGGUUAUUGGACCCCAACAACAGCACAGAGAUUGCCAACUACCCGAUCUAUAAGAUCCUGUUUUGCGUACGAGGCCACGACGGCACGCAGGAGAGCGACUGCUUCGCUUUCACCGAGAGCCACUACAACGCCGAGAUCUUCAGGAUCCACGUGUUCCGCUGCCAAAUCCAAGAAGCGGUCAGUCGGAUACUGUACAGCUUCGCCACGGCCUUCCGACGGUCAGCUAAGAAGGCGGUUCUGUCGUCUCAGCAGGCUGCGCCGCUCACUCCUGACAGCGACUUGUUUACCUUCACCGUCAGCCUGGAGAUCAGGGAGGAUGAUGGCAAAGGCACUUUCAGUGCUGUCGCCAAAGACAAGGACAAGCAGAGCUUCAAGCUGCGCGCUGGAUUAGACAAGAAAAUUGUCAUUUAUGUUCAGCAAACUUCAAAUAAAGAGCUGGCUAUUGAAAGGUGUUUUGGGCUCCUGCUCAGCCCCGGGAAGAAUGUGAAGAACAGCGACAUGCACCUGCUGGACCUGGAGUCAAUGGGAAAGAGCUCGGACGGGAAGUCUUACAUCAUUACAGGAAGCUGGAACCCCAACACGCCUCAGUUCCAGGCUGUGAAUGAGGAAACGCCUAAAGAUAAAUUCAUGUAUAUGACCACGGCCGUGGACCUGGUGAUCACUGAAGUGGAGGAACCGGUUCGUUUCCUGCUGGAGACCAGGGUCAGAGUCUGCUCCCCAAACGACAGGCUCUUCUGGCCUUUCAGCAAGCGUAGCUACACUGAGACCUUCUACCUUAAACUGCGGCAGAUGGAGCGUAAAGAACGAAAGAGUCCCGCCUCUGACACACUUUAUGAGGUGGUGAGUCUGGAAAGUGAGACCGAGAGAGAGAAAAGGAAAACCACAGCCAGUCCCAACAUCCUGCCCAGCGGGCCUGGAACAGCAGUCCCUUCUCCACCUGAGGACGACGAAGAGGAAGAUAAUGACGAGCCUUUGCUCAGCGGGUCAGGAGACGUUUCAAAGGAGUGUGCUGAGAAGAUCCUGGAAACCUGGGGAGACUUGUUAUCGAAGUGGCAUAUGAACUUAUCCGUGCGGCCGAGGCAACUUCCAGCCCUGGUGCGAAGCGGCAUUCCUGAGGCGCUCCGCGGCGAGGUCUGGCAGCUUCUGGCAGGCUGCCAUAACAAUGACCACCAGGUGGAAGAGUACCGCACACUUAUCACAAAGGAGUCUCCUCAGGACAGCGCCAUCACCAGGGACAUAAACAGGACGUUUCCAGCUCACGACUACUUUAAAGACACUGGAGGAGACGGGCAAGACUCGCUCUACAAGAUCUGCAAGGCCUACUCUGUUUAUGAUGAAGAGAUUGGCUACUGCCAGGGACAAUCCUUCCUGGCUGCUGUGCUGCUGCUGCACAUGCCUGAGGAGCAAGCCUUCAGUGUGCUGGUUAAGAUCAUGUUUGAUUAUGGGCUCAGGGACCUUUUCAAACAGAACUUUGAAGAUCUACAUUGCAAAUUCUUCCAACUCGAGAGACUCAUGCAGGAAUAUAUCCCAGACCUGUACAACCACUUCCUGAACGUGGGUCUGGAGGCUCAUAUGUACGCCUCUCAGUGGUUCCUCACCCUCUUCACAGCCAAAUUCCCUCUUUACAUGGUCUUCCAUAUAAUUGACCUGCUACUGUGUGAGGGAAUCAGUGUGAUCUUCAAUGUGGCCUUGGCUCUUCUGAAGACAUCUAAAGACGAUCUAAUCCAGACAGACUUCGAGGGAGCACUGAAGUUCUUUCGUGUCCCCGUUCCAAAGAGGUACCGCUCCGAAGAGAACGCAAAGAAACUGAUGGAGCUGGCCUGUAGCAUGAAGAUAAGCCAGAAGAAGCUCAAGAAGUUUGAGAAAGAGUACCACACCAUGCGGGAGCAGCAGGAGCAACAGGAGGCGCCCAUUGAGCGAUACGAGCGGGAGAACCGCCGUCUACAGGAGGCCAACAUGCGUUUGGAGCAGGAGAACGACGACCUGGCACAUGAAUUAGUCAGCAGCAAGAUAGCCCUGCGCAAAGACCUGGACAAUGCCGAGGAGAAGGCAGACGCCCUGAAUAAGGAGCUGCUGCUGACCAAACAGAAACUGGUGGAUUCGGAGGACGAGAAGAGACGUCUGGAGGAAGAGUCCGCACAGCUGAAGGAGAUGUGCAGACGAGAGCUUGACAAAUCUGAAUCCGAGAUCAAGAAGAACGGCUCCAUUAUUGGAGAAUAUAAACAGAUCUGCUCCCAGCUGAGUGAACGACUGGAGAAGCAGCAGACGGCGACACGAGGAGAGCUGGAGAAGAUCCGAUCCAAAGUGGAGGCCUGCGAGAAGUGCAGCAGCCUUUUCAACAAAGAGGGCCGCGUGCGGGCCGCCGUGACCACGGCCCCCGCCGGCGGCGGCGAGGAGCCGGACGAGGAGAAGGAGAGUCUGAAGAACCAGCUGAGGGAGAUGGAGCUGGAGCUCGCCCAGACCAAACUGCAGCUGGUGGAGGCCGAGUGCAAAAUCCAGGACCUGGAGCACCACCUGGGUCUGGCCCUCAACGAGGUGCAGGCCGCCAAGAAGACCUGGUUCAACCGAACACUCAGCUCCAUCAAGACCGUCACUGGGACCCAGGGCAAGGAGACCACCUAACCAGACCACCCCUCCUCCCCGAAGCUCAAACCUCUGGACCCCCCCUAACCCAACCCCCCCUAAACACCCCCCCAAAACCUCCCCAGGGCCAUAACUGUUAACAUGAACGAUAACCGUUGAACCCCAGGACCCCCUUUGCUACAGACUGUGUUAAUGUUGUUUCUGUGGUUCCACCUGUCCCGGUCUGACCCCCGACCCCCCCCACCUGAAGAGUCUAAUCCCCAAAUGACUGCAGCCGAUGAGCGCCGGUGAGAAGGGGCGGAAAGAAGAAGAUGAAGUGCAAUGUUACGAAACACCCCCCCCCCCCCCCCCCCCCCCCAAGAGAAACCACAAGCUUCCUCCUCCAGAAAGACAACUGAUGUAAAGAGAGAAAACGAGAGAGAAAGAGCAAAGCGCCGUCGAUCUGUGUCUCCGUACUGCUGAUAUUAAAAACCCACAGGAGGAAGGUAAGGACAUCAGAACUGCGGCUGUCCUGAAGGGGCAGAGAAGAAAACACUCCGUCCUUCCUUCCCACCUCUGUGUGCCCCCCCUCCCUCCCCCCUCGAAACUACUGGCACAAAACAAGUCCCUGUAAAUGUUUUUGUUUUAGGUACGAGAGCUAAUAGACGCCUUUUCAAAACUGAGCUUUUUUCACUUUUUUUUUUUUUUUUGUUGAACAAAUUUUGCUUUUUUAAAUGUACGUUCACGAAUGUUGCUUAUGUAAAGAGGACACGUGCGUACAGUGCACGUCUUUUGUUUCGUUUUGUGCAGACCGAGGUGUGUGUGUGUAUGUAUGCGUGUGUGCGUGCGUGAGUGUGAAUCUGAAUGCAUAAGUAAUGGACUGAAAUGAUUUUGUGUAAAGUUUGGGUGUGAAAGACUGCGUGCAGUUCCAAGGGAAAGAAAAAGCACUGAAGGUGCGUGCAUGUCAGGAAAUGCUCCCGGUCGUCCAGUUUUCCCUUAAUGUUCACGUGUGUGUAUACGAAUGAUGCUAAAGAGAGACUUGCUGACAAAGCCUUGAUCUGAAGGUCGAUGCAGAUGAUACCGGCAGAUAUCAACAUGUAAUUUAAGAAAAAAAGAAAAGAAAAAGCCUGGCUUGAGGUCGGCCUGGUUUGGAUCUCCCAGCACAAAGAAACUUAAGAGCAGGUCCAAACCGUGCAAACCUCAGCGUACGUAUGUAUGUUAGUGUGUCGCUAACGCCCAGAGCCGCGCAGCGUUUCUUAGCAACCGAUCAGAGGAAGAGAAAAGUCGAAAUAGAAAACACACUCAGACAUGCCUUUAAAGCCCGCCUCGCCCGCCUCCCCUCUUCCUCCAAGGCACCAGCUGCUCCGCGACUUCCGACCUCAACCUGCAAGGUCGCGUCUAAUGGUUUGCUGAGCGGAGCGGCUCGCCGCUCUGUUUGGCUUUCACCGUUCGGCCGGCCCUUGAGGAUUAGUCGCGCCGCCGUACACACACACACAUAAACACUGAGCUAUACGGUAACGCAAACACACAUAAAGCAAAAGUCCGGAACAACCUCCGGUUACUGCUGUUGGUAACUCCUGCUUGUUAAAGCUGCCACCCAAGUCCCCAGACAUGCAGAGAGGGUCAGGAGGUGUGUGACCUGAGUGGGUCGUCUCUGCAGAGGGGGAGGGGGGGGGAGACAACGCAGUCAGCAGUGGGGAAAAUAAAUGUGCUUGGCCAGCGAGAGAGGCCAGAAAAUGUGUUUGGAAGCAGCAGGGAGGAUGCGAGGAAGGGCGGCAGGGUACAGUCAUCCAUUCGUCACUUUAACGGCACACCUCAGUGCCGGCGUACACGAGACACUACUCAUGGAAAAAUGCAAAUAAACAAUGUAAAAGAAGAAGUGAGGCCGUCAGGUAAAGCAGGCAGUGGGUAGAUCUGCAUCUGCCGCCUCCCUCGUGACGUUAAACGUGUUUUGAGGCGCCAGAAUCGUCCCGCUCGGCCGUGUGUGGAGGAGACGGCGUGCCAAACGGAUGAUCAAGGUCUGCUGCCGUCUCAACGGCCAGCCGUGGCACGCCGAGCGCUCUGCGGCGAUGCUUCACAUAAUCUGCUUUUGUUGUUUGGCGCUUGGCCGCCCGCCAGCAGGAAGGAUGAGGCAGGCAGUCCGAGGGCGAGCUUUUAGCUUUUAGCUUUUGAUUCCAGCGCGGAUCGGGCCUCCGUCUCCUCCGUCGGGCUGACACAUAUCCGUUCCCUGGGAGAAGCCUCGGCGACGCGGCGCUCCUCCAUGUUUUCGUUGUCGAGAGGCAAACGUUCAGCUGAUCAGCAGGCCUUCAUUUCCUCUCUGUGAUGCACCGAUAGACCGGUUUGACCAGUCAGGUAAAGCCAUUUGACUGUUGAGUUGCCUAAACGCCACAAAAGCUCCGCCGCUGCCCGUGUGUUUCACAAUGCGGCGCUCAUCAUUUCAAGGUGGCUUCAGAAACAUGACAGGAAUUUGUAUUUUUCUCUCCAGCUGCGUGCGUCGCCACGGCUCGGAGCUCUUAUUAACUGAACCUUUUUCUGUUUUUAUACCACUUAGAAGAUUUCAGCAUUAAAGCCACUGCUUCUUUGUUGUCAAACCUUUAUACACACACACACACACACACACACACACACACGUUGGAGUAGGCAGAAAGGUCACACACAUUAAGACACCUGUUAACCACCGCAAGUGUAACUCUGCACCCGGAUCGUGGAUCAGCAGUUUGGAGAGGUCAGACCGCAGGCCGGCCGCUCUAAAUCGGUCCGCACGGCGGGGGUGGGGGGGCGACGGGGACGGAGGUCAGAGGUCAGGUUAUAAAGUGCUUGCGCGUGUUUUCAUGUUACUCACAGAAGGGAGGACCCAGAAUCCUCCACCUGGUCGUCUCUCCUCGGCGCUGAACGCGGCUGUUACUGCAGAUUGAAUCGGAUUGACUGAAGAUUGUCUGAAAGGCUGAAAGAAACGGAGUCGCUCCUCUUAAGGCACUGGCUUGUAAAUAACAAACUUAAAAUAAAUAUUGAACUUUUUGGUUUAUGAUUUUCUACUCUGUAGCUACAACUAAUGUUGCCUACCUGUACCCAUCCACCUGCUGCCGUGCUACAGUUUAAUCCACAAACAAAUCAUUAUGUUUUUAAUGUUUAUCUUUUAUUUGUUGUUGUUUUUGUUUGUUUGUUUUUUUUUUAGAUUGAAGCUUCUCAGUCUGACUGCUGUUUGGUUAAUCAAAUGCCAAAACGUAGCUUUAUCAUCCAACAACAAGAACAUUAUCAACGUGUGGAACUUGUAAUAGUGUAGAAUGCAUUGUGUAUACUUCAUGAAUUUCAAUAUAAAGAUAUCAACAC